UUAAUAACCUUGACCAUGUGAUGAUGAAUCAUGGAAUACCCGCGAUCUUAUAGUAGCUCUUCCUCAUCUUCUCAUUAUUUCAACAACCAUCUUCAAGAAGAAGAAGAGAGACUAAACUCAGUUACUUCUCUUAAUUACUCACAAUCCCAUUAUCACCCUUCCACAGCCGCAUACCACCACUGCCUCGCCACGCUCAAAGGCCACACUUCUUCCUACGUCUCCUCCCUAACUCUUUCUGGAAACUUCCUCUAUACUGGCUCUUCGGAUCGUGAAAUCAGAUCAUGGGACCGCUCCCUUCUCCAAUCCGAAUUUGACCACCACUCAAGUUCAGCCGCCAACAUGGUACUUGCCGGAAAAGGAGCUGUGAAGUCACUAGUAGUUCAAUCAGACAUGCUCUUUAGCGCUCAUCAAGACCACAAAAUCCGGGUCUGGAAGAUAAGAAGCCACGACAAUGAAGCGCAUAAUCAGAAAUGUACUCGAGUAGCGACGCUCCCCACGCUCGGGGACCGCGCCACCAAGGUGCUGAUUCCCAAGAACCAUGUCCAGAUACGGAGGCACAAGAAGUCCACUUGGGUUCACCACGUCGACACCGUUUCUGUCCUCGCCUUGUCCGGCGACGGCGCCCUGCUUUACUCUGUUUCGUGGGACAGGACAAUCAAAAUCUGGAGAACAAGGGACUUUACAUGUUUGGAAUCGGUGAACAACGCACACGAGGACGCCAUAAACGCAAUGGCGGUUUCCACAGAUGGACUUGUUUACAGUGGUUCAGCGGAUAAGAAGAUCAAGGUGUGGAAGAGAGUGGAAGGAGAAAAGAAACACAUUCUAGUGGACAUCUUAGAGAAGCACAACUCAGGGAUAAAUGCCUUGGCUCUCAGCUGUGAUGAAACUCUCUUGUAUUCAGGUGCAUGUGACAGGUCAAUAUUGGUUUGGGAGAAAAGAGAGGCGGUGGAAGAAGAAGAAGAAGAAGGAGGAGGGUAUAAUGGUAAAAUGGUAGUGGUUGGUAAACUGAAAGGGCACACCAAGUCCAUAUUGUGCCUUGCUGUGGUAUCUGAUUUGGUGUGUAGUGGUUCUGCUGACAAAACAAUUAGGGUGUGGAGGAAGGGUAAUAAUAACAAUGAAUAUUCUUGUUUGGCUGUUCUGGAAGGGCAUAAUGGUCCAGUUAAGUGCUUGACUACGGUCGUUGAUGAUGGUGAUCCAUGUGAUGAAGGUUCUUCUUUUCUAGUCUAUAGUGGCAGCUUGGAUUGUGAUGUUAAGGUGUGGAAGAUUUUUGUUCCUCCACUCUAAAUUAUUCUAUAAUAGGACAUGUAAUUCUUCCUUUUCUGACUUUUUGGUACAUUAAAUGUAUGAUUUUGAGCUCCCUCCCUUUUUCUUUCAA